AUCCAAUGCUGCCGUCAGAUCCGUGUGGCUAGAGCACCGGCAGUUUACGCAGUGGCCUCGAAGCUGUAACAACGUCGCGUCCGCUCAGCUCCGCUCCGAUAUCGCUCUCGAAACGUAUUCUCUGGUUCGCUGGCUGUGGCUCGUUUCGUUUGAGCCACGAUUGCCGUCGUUCUUGGGCCCCAACGUGUUAUCGCGACACGCGUACGCAUCGCUCUUGAUAAGGUGUCUCGCCCCGUGCUCCUACCAACAACCAACCAACAACAUAUCGACCUUAUAGCCGACGGCAGAGUGAACUGUUAACGAAUGUGCUAAUCAAUGAAAAUGUUGCAAACGCUCGCAAAUUGAUCCAUCGGAUACAUUGUAUCGAAAUUAUUUAUAGCAACGGCAUAUUAUAUAAGGCGCAAUCUUAUGAAGCCAGUGACAACUGUUGGACGCUUGACAAACACUGAUCAAGUCGUCCUAAGAUCUACACGCUAAGCUCCUACACUCCGCACUCUGCUAGGGGAGGGGAGGUCCAGUUCGAUAAAAGCUGGCUAAAGAAUUUUGUGCAAAAGACUUGGAUUAAAAACCGCCAAAAUUGUGGAGGCAAUUAAAAUGAAGACUGAGCUGCGUUCCUGCGCAGCGUGUGGCGAACCAAUCUCGGAUCGAUUCUUUCUCGAGGUUGGCGGCUGCUCGUGGCACGCCCAUUGCCUCAGAUGCUGCAUGUGCAUGUGCCCCUUGGACCGUCAGCAAUCGUGCUUCAUCCGGGAAAGGCAGGUCUACUGCAAGGCCGACUACAGCAAAAAUUUUGGCGCCAAAUGCUCGAAAUGCUGUCGCGGCAUCUCCGCCUCGGACUGGGUGAGACGUGCCAGGGAUUUGGUCUUUCAUUUGGCCUGCUUUGCCUGCGAUCAAUGCGGACGCCAGUUGUCCACCGGGGAACAGUUUGCCCUCAUGGAUGACCGUGUGCUCUGCAAGGCUCAUUAUCUGGAAACGGUCGAGGGUGGCACCACCUCAAGUGACGAGGGCUGUGAUGGUGAUGGUUAUCACAAGAGUAAAACGAAACGUGUGCGCACCACCUUCACCGAGGAGCAAUUGCAAGUGCUGCAGGCCAACUUUCAGAUUGACAGUAAUCCGGAUGGUCAGGAUUUGGAGCGCAUUGCAUCGGUGACCGGUCUGAGCAAGCGUGUGACGCAAGUGUGGUUCCAGAAUUCGCGUGCGCGUCAGAAAAAACACAUACAUGCUGGUAAGAAUAAAAUACGCGAACCGGAAGGAAGCUCAUUUGCGCGUCAUAUUAACCUGCAGUUAACGUAUUCAUUUCAGAAUAACGCACAGAAUCCAAUGCAUAUGAACGGCUCUAAAGCGGGUCUAUACCCGACACAUGAAUCCUCCAUGGAUGAGAUGUCACAGGACUCGAGUGUGCAUUGUAUGCCCAGUGAGGUGUGACUAGAGCAGUCCUCGCCAGCACGAGCCCAUCGCUAGCGGGGGCAUGAUUCAAAGCAUGAAUGAAAAACACUAAACGUCCUUUCCUAGUCAAAAUUGUAUGUGAAGCUUGCAUAUGAAAUGAAAACAAACCCAGCAAAAACAGAAACCAUAGCAUUCCCCUCCCAGUUAGGCUUUGAGCAUCCAUCAAGCAUCGUACCAGAAAUCUCAUAAAGAAACCCACAAAAAGAACAGAAAGACAAAACAAACAAACAUUCCUGCAUUGUAGUGUAAGAAGCUGCAGCUUAGUUAAUUUAAUUUAAAUCAAAUUUAAAUUUAAUUUAGUUUAAUAUUUCGAUAGUCGCUAAGUGUUUCGCCCCCUGCCCUACCCCCCUCGUACAUACACAAUUAUUCAGUUGUGUACAAUUUAAAGAUUGAUAAACUGCUUGCCAAGGCUCCUGUAAUAUAUUUAUGCCUACGUAUAUCCUAUCAUUAUCGUAUGCCUACCAUGAGAAACGUUGUUAUUGUUUAUUUUCUUGUUUUUUAAAUGUAUAAAAAUCGCUAUAAAUAUGCCUAUA